AUGAAAUUCUUGGGAGUGAUUUUAUGUAUUCAUUGUUUUACAUUGAUUUAUUCUUCCAGACAAUAUUUACUUUCUUCUUCGUACUUCAUUAAACAAGGCCAUGUUUCCGAAAUCACGGAUCUGGGUGUUUUCGCGGUUCACAAACUCGAAAUUCAGUCUCUUUUAGACUGUGCAUUGCAGUGUGGAAUGAGUUUACUUUGUAAUGCAUUUGACCUUUGUACCUUUGACGGUAAUUACACGUGUCGAUUCCGCAGUGGACACGCAAACCUUUCAAAUACUACUACACAAUGUGAACUUUUCAAAAAUACAACUAACAAACACUGCCACAAUGGAGCACUCUUAGGAGCUCAAGGACCGUGUGAGAUCAAUACUGAUGAGUGCCAGAAUUACCCAUGUCUUAACGGAGCCACAUGUACGAACACACCCGGCUCAUUCAAUUGUACAUGUGACGCCGGAUGGACCGGGAUAAUUUGUAAUGAAGAUAUCAAUGAAUGUCUGAACAAUCCUUGUCACAACGGAGGAACAUGCAGUAACAACGCUGGAUCUUUCACGUGUACAUGCGCAGGUGGAUUCACAGGGGCACUCUGUAAUGAAGUUCUGUCGAACAUCGCAUUAGGUAAACCUGCCACACAGUCAACAACAUUUUAUGACUAUAACGCCACGCAUGCAGUGGAUGGCAACAGAGGAACUGACUAUGUUGUAGACAAGUGUACACACACAGAUUAUGCUGACACCAAUCCCUGGUGGAGGGUGGAUCUACAGGCUGUGUAUAACGUCACAUCUGUCAGAAUACUCAACAGCGGGAUAGGUGAAUACGGAGGGAGUUUGUUCUACUGGCUGCAGGAUGUUACCGUCACUGUAGGACUGACAGAAUCAGACGUCAACACUCCCUGUGGUUUCUUUGCUGGUCCCGGUACUGCGUCACAGCUGGUCGUCAUCGACUGUCCGACAUUACCACAGGGGAGAUUCGUUAAGAUCUCAAAGACAACUGAGUUUCUCAUUCUUUGUGAAGUUGAUGUGUUUGGCGUCCCUGCCUGAUAUUCAUUAAAGCCGAUGACUAGGCUGAAAUGUUGACGACCUUAGAUACAUGUAUAUUUUUUUUUGCAUCUUGAGGAAAUAAUUAUCUGGUCUUAUUUAAUGUGACUUUACAAAUCGCUUCAAGUUAAAAUUCUACAUCUGUUGCCCUAUUUAUCCCUAAAUAUGUUUUUGCUUUUAAUGUUACAUGUCUGACUUUUAUUUAUAAUGCUUCUUACAUUGGAUAUAACUGUAAAGCUUUUUAAUGUACCUUUAUACUUAAUUCAACGUAUUUUAAAUUAUUUUGAUCAGUACGUAUUGGUUUUAUUUCUGUUUAAUUACUGUGGUGUCAAUAAAUUACA